AUGGCCCACCCCGCUGGUGAGACCGUCACAAUCUCUGUCCGUCGUCCGAUUGACGAUCCCGUCUUCGUGGCCGGCACUUUCUCCGAGCCGCAAUGGGAGCCCCUCGAACUGAGCUCCAAGAUGGUGGAUACCGAACCGGAUGAGGAGGGAUUGGUUUCGACAGAAUAUCUAUUCUAUCGCGAGUUGGAGUUGUCCCCUGGUCAAUAUCAAUAUAGAUUCCGCGAGGGCGCUUCCGGCCCGUGGUUCCACGACGAGGCUGUCAAACACGCCGCAGGGGAAGGAGGUCUGGUGAACAACUUUCUCACCGUCGGACCGAGCGGAGAUGCCGCCGCAGAGACCGAGGAAGCCGCGCCGAAAGAGAACGGCGUCAAUGGGGCCGCUGAGCAUGCUGUCCCCGUACAGGAAUCCGUCGUCGAGGAGAAGCCGUCCGAGCCGGUCCCCGAGCCGGAAGAAAAGAAGGAUGCUGAAGUGACCGAGCCUGCCACCAACGGUGUCGCGGCACCUGAAGUCAACGGAACGGAAUCCGCCGAGCAAACCUCCGACUCCAAGCACGAAGACGUUACGACGCAGAAGGCCGACGAGGCGACGGAAACACCUGCUGAGAGCCAGCCAGCACCGAAGGAAGCGGAAGAGGUUCCAGCUGCCCCCGCCGUCACCGAGGAGGUGAAGCCUGAGUCUGACGUCCAGGUCAAAGCUGAGGAGCAACCCGAGACUUCGACAGAGAGCGCCACCGUUGCGGACACCGAAAAGGCCGCCGAAGAGCCUAAACACACUGAGGUUACGGAGGAGGUCACGUCGAAGCCGGCAGAGUCUGCUCCAGAGCCCGCAGCGGAGGAACCGGUUCAGGUUGAGGUUUCGGGAGAGCAGCCCGUCGUGGAGGAAGUAACCCCCGAGGUUGCUGCCAAGGAUGUUGCUGCUGAACCUGCUGUUGAAGAACCGGCCCGUGAGGAACCUGCCGCCGAGAAGCCGACGGAGUCUACUGUUGAAGAAGCUACUACGCAGGAGGCCCCCAAGGAAGAGUCCGCACCAAAGGAACUGGAGACCCCCGCUGCCGAGACGACUACCGAAUCUACCGCAGAAGAGCCUACAAAGGAAGUGGAAGAGGUGAACACUACCGCUAUCAAGACUGCCACUGAGGCUGCUCCCGAAGAGCCUGCGAAGGAGUCGGUUACAGAAGAGACAGCGGAAGCGCCCAGCACCGAGGUUCCGGCUACCGAGCCCGCUACGGAGGAACCUGCGCAGGAGGUCGCCAAGGAGGAAGUCAAGGCCGAAGAACCCGCCGAGGUGACCCCUGCUGCGGAGCCCGCCGUCGAAGAGCCCUCGAAGGAAGUGACCAAGGAGGAAUCUACUCCGGAGCCCUCGACUGCUGAGCCUGCCACGGAAACCACGGACAAGGCCACCGCUGAAGAGGCCCCUGUGGAAUCUGCACCUGUCGAGGAGCAGGCCAAGGAAUCCGUUACCGACAAGGACGCUGUGGAGCAGCCCGCUGAGGAAUCCGCCGCCCCUCAACCUUCCGAAGCCACGGUCGAAGAAUCUGUCCCCGAGAACACCGUUUCUGAACAGACAGCGGAGGUGGCUACCGAACCUGUCACCGAGACCCCAGUUGCUGAUGAGCCCACUGAACCGGCUGCGGAAGAAGCGCACGCUGAGCCUGCUGCGGAGAAGGUUGAGGAUCUCAAGACAGAAGACCCUGCUGAACAAAAGGCAACUGAAGGUGCAGCUGAAGCUUCGAUCGAGACGGAGGAAAAGACUGCCGAGCCCGCAGAGGAGCACCCUACAGAGGCAACCGCCGAAAACGCCGAGCCACCGGUCACGGAGAUGCCGACAGAGGAGUCCGCUGAGCAGGUCACGGAAACCGCGGAAGAGGUUGCCAAGGAGGAGCCUAUCCAACAGGAGUCUUCUAACGAGCCUGUUACCGAACAGGCUGCUGUUGAUGCUGCGGCUGAAGAGACUACGGAAACCCCUGUCGAGGAGGUAGCGACUGAAAUUGUUGCAGAAGAGGCACCUGUCGAGACUUCGACCACGGAGGUGGCUGAAGAAGCUGUUAAGGUUGACUCGGCUGUCGAAGAACCGGUGGCUGAGAAGCCUGCCGCAGAAGAAUCUGCUGUCGAGGCUUCCGUUCCAGAGACGGCUGAGAAGCCUGCCGCAGAAGAAUCUGCUGUCGAGGCUUCCGUUCCAGAGACGGCUGAGGAGUCUCCCAAGGAGACUGCUGCGGAGGAAGUAGUGGCUGAGGUAGUUGCGGAAGAGCCCGCUGCUGAGACCGUCGCUUCGGAGACUGUUGAAGAGACCGCCCAGCCUGCAGUUGAGGAACCGGCCACGGAGACUUCAGCCAAGGAUGUUGUUGAAGAGCCUGCUCAGGAGCCCGCCCCUGAAGCCACCACGCAGACCGAGGAAUCCGCGCCGGAGCCUGUCGUCGAACAGACUGCUCAGGAGACCCAGGCCGAGGAAGUUGUCGAGCAACCGGCUGUUGAAGAGCCGGUCGUCGAGGAGCCUGUGGCCGAGAAGACAGUUCAGGAUGAAGAACCCGUCAAGGAAGACGAGCCUGAAGUGACGGUUGCACAUGAAGAGACUGUGAAGGAGGAAGUCCCGGCUCCCCAGGAGCCUGCUCAUGAAGAAGCUGCUCCCGCAGUCCCCGAGUCGCAGGAGAUUGCUGAGGUCGUUGCUGAAGAGACCAAGGAGGCGGUUGCUGAAGAGCCUGAGAACGCAGCUGAAGCUCCGGCUGCUGAAGAGCCGGUGAAGGAGGAAGUCGUCGCGGAGACCAAGCCUGAAGAAUCCCUUCCCGAGGAAUCUACUAAGGAGCCUACCGCGGAGGAGCCUACUGUGCAAGACUCCCAGCAGACUGAAGAGCCCAUUGAGGACACCGUCGCGGACGAGUCGACGGACGAGUCCUCCAACUUGGCUGAGUCUACUGUCGCUACGACUGCUGGAGAUGAGAUCGUUUUUGACAACCAGUCAACCAAGGAAACCGAGCCAGUCACCGAAGAGCUUGUCGAGGAGUCUGUUAAGGAGGCUGUCGAGGAACCUGUUGUCGAGGAACCUGUUGUCGAGGAACCUGUUGAACCUGUUGUCGAGGAACCUGUUGUCGAGGAACCUGUUGUCGAGGAACCUGUUGUCGAGGAACCUGUUGUCGAAGAGCCUGCUGUUGAGGAACCUGCUGUUGAGGAACCUGUUAAGGAGGCUGUUGUUGAGGAGCCUGCUGUCGAGGAACUUGCCAAGGAGGUCGUCGCUGAAGAGCCUGCUGCCACUGAGCCUGUCGUCGAAGAGCGUGCGGUCGAGGAACCUGUUAAGGAGGCUGUCGAGGAACCUGCUGUUGAGGAGCCUGCUGUGAAGGAGGUUGUCGUUGAGGAGGCUGCCGCCACGGAACCUGUUACCGAAGAACCCGUCGCCAAGGAAGCUGUCGAGGAGGUUGCCAUCGAGGAACCUGCUGUCGAGGCGCCUGUUACUCAUGAGGCCGAAAAGGAGACUGCUGAGGAGCCGGUUGCGGAAGUUGCCCAAGAACAAGCGGCAGCUGAGUCGGUCACCGAGCACUCUGAGAAGGAGGCCGUUGCUGAGGCUGCUGUUGCGGCAGUUGCAGCAGUCGCGGCGGCGGAGGUUGUCGACAAGGUUGCCGAGCCAGCUGUUCAGGAGCCCGUUGCUACCGAACCGGUUGUUGAGGCCGCAACCGUUGAAGCUACUGAGGCUCCGGUUGAGAAGGAGGUUGCUGCCGCAGAGCCUGUCCCUGAGACCCACGAAGAAACGGCCAAGGCCGAAGAGGCACAGGAGCAGAAGGCUGCGGAGGAAGCUGUCGCACAGGUUGAGGAACAGGUUACCGAGCCGGUGCAUGCGCCCAAGGAUGAGCCGGCUGCAGUUGAGACUGUCGUCGAGCCUGUUGCUACCGAGGAAGCCCCGAAGGCCGAAGUUGCUGAGGCUGUUAGUGUCGAGAAGGAGGAACCUGUCCAGGUUGAAACCGUCAGUGAGCCGGCCCCGGCUGAGCCUCAAGCCAAGGAAGUGCCUGUGCCUACCGAGGUGGAGGCUCCUGUCGAGGCCAACAUUGUGACAGCACACGAAGAGCCUAUUCCUGAGACGGCCAAGGAGGCCGCUCUCGAGGAGUCUGCCAAGGAUAGCAUCUUUAGCCCUGAGGUUCUUGGCGCAGGUGUUGCUACUGUUGCUGCCGGUGCUGCCAUUACCGCCGGAGUGUAUGCGGCCACUCACAAGGAACACGAAGCUGUUCCUGAGCACGUUGAGUCCAAGCAAGUUCCCGUCCAGCCUGAGAGCACAGAUAAGGCAGUCGUCGCCGAAAACAAGCCUACCGAGCGUAAGCACCUCUCAAGUCCUGCAGCGAAUCAGCUGGAAAUUACCGAAUAUGGAGUUGACCCUGUCACAGCAGUUACCGAGGCACCUUCUACCGAGCAACCUUCUGCAUCCACCCAACAGCCUCAUGUCGAAGACGAUGCCGAAGACCAGACCAAGAAGGCUUCCGAGCCCCAGCCCGCCACCGAGCCCGCCGUGCCGGCCGAGAAUGCCGCCGACAAGGCAGUUGCCACCAAGGGCGACGAGGAAGAUCGUGCCCAAAGUCAAAACCGGUCAGUCACAGCUGUUUCUCUGAACCGUAAACAUGACAGCUGGUUUAAGACCAUCCUUCGGGCUGUGUUCACCAAUUUCUUUGGGGCUAUUUUCUCGCCGUUCCGUCGCCGUGGAAGAAACAACCAGUAG